AUGGCUUAUGUAUUAACUGAAACUGCUGCUGGUUAUGCUUUAUUAAAAGCUUCUGAUAAAAAAGUUCAUAAAUCUUCAUCUUUAAUUGAAGAUUUAAAUACUUUAGAUAAAGUUUCAAAUCAAUUUAAAAUAACAGGUUUUGAAAAAUUUUCAAAUGCAAGUUCUGCGUUAGAAGAAAUUAAUUCAAUUAUAGAAGGUAAAGUUUCUGAAAAUCUUAAAAAUUUUUUAUCAAAUCAUUCAAAAGAUGAUAAAAAAUCGACUUUAAUUGUUUCAGAAACAAAAUUAGGUAAUUCAAUUAAUAAAUUAGGUUUAAAUUUUCAAGUUAUUUCUGAUGCUGCUUCUUUGGAUUUACAUAGAGCUAUUAAAAAUUUUUUACCAGAUUUAUUACCUGGUUUAAAUGAUAAAAUUUUAAAUCAAAUGUCUUUAGGUUUAGCUCAUUCAAUUGGUAGACAUAAAUUAAAAUUUUCUGCUGAUAAAGUUGAUACAAUGAUAAUUCAAGCAAUUGCUUUAUUAGAUGAUUUAGAUAAAGAAUUAAAUACUUAUGCAAUGAGAUGUAAAGAAUGGUAUGGUUGGCAUUUUCCUGAAUUAGCUAAAAUGAUUACUGAUUCAGUUGCUUAUGCAAGAAUUAUUUUACAUAUGGGUAUUAGAUCAAAUGCUUCAACUACAGAUUUAUCAAAAAUUUUACCAGAAGAAUUGGAAGAAAAAGUUAAACAAGCUGCUGAAAUAUCAAUGGGUACAGAAAUAACUGAUGAUGAUUUAAAUAAUAUUAAAUCUUUAGCUGAACAAAUUAUUGACUUUGCAGAAUAUAGAGUACAAUUAUCAGAUUAUUUACAAAGUAGAAUGACCGCUAUAGCUCCAAAUUUAAGUGCAAUAGUAGGUCAUUCAAUUGGAGCUAGAUUAAUUGCUCAUGCUGGUUCAUUAACGUCAUUAGCAAAAGCUCCAGCUUCAACAAUUCAAAUUUUAGGUGCUGAAAAGGCUUUAUUUAGAGCUUUAAAAACAAAACAUGAUACUCCAAAAUAUGGUAUAUUAUAUCAUGCUUCAUUAGUUGGUCAAGCAACUGGUAAAAAUAAAGGUAGAAUAGCAAGAGUUUUAGCUGCAAAAGCUGCUAUUUCAUUAAGAUAUGAUUGUUUUGAUGAAGAAAGAGAUGAUGAAGAUGAAAGUUUUGGAUUAGAAAAUAGAUCAAAAGUUGAAAAUAGAUUAAGUCAAUUAGAAGGCAGAGAUUUAAGAACGACAACAAAAAUAAAUAGACAACAAAAGAAAAUUGAUAUAAGUGAAGCAAGAGCUUACAAUGCUGAUGCUGAUGCUCCAAAAAUAAAUGAUAAUGAUAAAAUAGACUCAGAUGAUGAAGAAAGUGAAACUGAAGAAGUUGUUGAAGAAAAGAAAGAAAAGAAGGACAAAAAGAAUAAAAAGGAAAAGAAAGACAAAAAAGAUAAAAAAGAGAAAAAGAGAAAAAGAGAAGAAGAAGAUGAUGAUGAUGAUGAAGAAUCAAGUAAAAAACUGAAGAAAGAUAAAAAAGAAAAGAAGGAUAAAAAGGAUAAAAAGGAAAAGAAAGAUAAAAAGGAUAAGAAAUCCAAAAAAGAUAAAAAUUAG